GCCUCCACUCUUUCCCACACCCCUACUCCUACUCCGUACAUAUCCAUACAUCUGCUCUCCUCCGUAUCUACCUUCUUCGUAUACGAUAUAAAUUCAUUCAUUCAUUACUCAUUCACACAUAAGAAUUUCUAUAAAUAUUCACGAAGCUCACGAAACUCACGAAACUCACGAAACUCACGAAACUCACGAACCUCUCAAGACUCACUUAUAGACAACACUUAUCUAGUGAAUGUACGAAGAUCAAACAGAAUGAUCACAUUCCGAUGAUUUUAGUCUCAUCUACUUUUUCUUUUUCCUACUUACUUUUGCACAAUCCUCCCUAGUGACAAAUAUUGCCCCUCCUGUGAAUUUAUCGGCUCGACCACCACAACCACUACCACUACAACCACAUCAUAACCAUACACCCACACAGUACAUACGACACACAGCUUGAUGCAUGCGGCCGUGACGAAUAUUCAAGGUUAUCUACCAUAAAGGAGAACUAUGGCCUCAAUGAAUAACAACUUCUCUGGUAAUUUCCCAACCCUCGCAAACGGAGAGUCCCUGCAUUCACACCAAGGCAAACUAUCUGGAAGUUCAGACCUACGCCCAAAUUACCCUACCGAUUUUGAUAAACCUGUUACUUACAAUUUCUCUGUCGCACAAGGCCAAAACCCUCCAAGAUCGAGACCGAAUCAAAAUGAGAACAAUCCUGGUAUACCACUUUCGAACGGUCAUGCCGCAAAUGCCCAAAAUUGGAGUCCCGCGCAACUGCUAAAUCCUCGAAGCAUUAAUCAAAACUCACGACCCUCGCCCAGUUUAUCACCUCAUCCCCAACCAAAAUUUACACCGGCAGCACCUGCUCCCCAGCCUUUAUUUCAGUUCGACGCGCCCGGCGGAUCGUAUACGCCGUCACCUCCCGCGAACCCGAAUUAUAACGUGAACUCGUACUCGAAUGGGCAGAAUGGCUUUGCAUCAUACGCGAACCCAAGUGGGCAAAUGCCAGGCAUGGGAAGUUUCGUGGAUCGAAUGCAUAAUAUUACUGAUCGCGACAUGGUACCUCAAAAACGCCGAAGAGUAGAAGACUUGACCGGAGAGGGAAGCAGAGCACAAUUUAAUGGAAGUUCUAGUGGAGGUGCAUAUGGACAAUAUGUGAAAAACAGGAGGGUUGAAGGCUCGAAGGAUGGCUGUACCAAACAAGUACUCGACUUAUCUUUAGUGGAUGACGAUGAUGUUGUAGUUGUCGGGAAUGAACAGGAUAGGGAAGUUUGCUACGGACGUAUUGAAGGAUCUCAACUCAACGCUCAUCGAGUACCAACCCCAAAACCUGGAGCCCAAUCACUUAUACCUGAAAACUGGCCGCAGAUAAAGAUUGUCUUGCGAAGGAAGGAAGGGGAUAAGACAAAUAAUAUUCACGCUCUCGAUUGUACUCGCGAAAUUAUUGGCUGCGUCGAUGUGAACACUGCAAUUGGACUCGCUCCUAUUCUCGACUCCCCAAAAAUGGGUGUCAGAACAGCUGCCCGUAUUCUUACAAGAAGGAAGGCGCCUGAUGAUCAGCCAGUGGGUUCCCCAUGCUCUGUUCGUUACAAUCUGGAUUUGAAUCUUUACGGUCCAAAAAAGCACGCUCUUCAAAUUGGUCGUCACCUCUCUCACAAGCAAUUGUGGUUACGAACCCCACUUUCUGUAGAAGCCGGCAUUCCAUUGCACAAUCCCCAUGCUAUAGAAAAACCUUCAAGGGCCUUGCAGCCCACAUCUAGUACAUACUCGUCUUACGCAUCUCGUUCUCAAGCCCCUGUUCGGACAACGGAAGAAAUCCGAAAUGACGUUUUGGGAGUUUUUGACUCAUUGCCGAGAUCUGAGAAUUUACCAGAGAUGGAGCCAAGUUCUUUAAUUACUACGGAGCUGCUCAAACAUCAGAAACAGGGUCUAUACUUCAUGAUGAAUAGAGAAAAGGAGCGAAAUUAUGAGAUGAAUGACAAAUGCGAUUUGUGGAAACUUAGACAUGGGAACAAUGGCCAGAAGAUAUAUUAUAAUGUCAUCACCGGUGAUGAGGAACGCAAAAGUCCACCACAGGUACUUGGUGGAAUUCUUGCCGAUAUGAUGGGACUUGGCAAAACUCUUAGCAUUCUCUCCUUGGUAGCUACAACGCUGGAUGAUUCAAAAGAGUGGGCGAAGCAAAGACCAUCACAAUCCGAUCAGAGAGAGCAGCCAGUUCUCAAAUCAGGCAAGGCUGCCUCUCAGCCCAAGUUCGAACCUGCAACUCUCGCUUUGAACUGCAAAACUACCCUUCUAGUUGCUCCGCUCAGUGUCAUUUCUAAUUGGGAAGAUCAGAUCAGGGCACAUAUCAAAUCCGAUGCUUUGAAGUAUUACAUCUAUCAUGGCGCUAAUCGCAUCAAGGAUGUUACGAAACUGUCAGAAUAUGAUAUGGUCAUUACUACAUAUGGUUCUGUGGCUAGCGAAUGCAAUAACCGGAACAAGAAGAAAGAUGGUAAAUAUCCUCUCGAGGAGAUGAAUUGGUUUCGAAUUGUACUCGAUGAAGCUCAUAUGAUCCGGGAACAAUCAACUUUGCAAUUCAAGGCUAUUUGUAGGCUUUCAGCACAGCGUCGAUGGGCAUGCACAGGUACACCAGUUCAGAAUCGACUUGAGGACUUGGGUGCAUUGAUGAAUUUCCUUCGCGUCAAACCGUUCAACGGAAGUGGGUUUGCCCAACAUAUACUAUCCCCUUUCAAAAUUUGCGAUCCUGAAAUCAUUCCCAAACUUCGAUUGUUAGUUGACAGCAUUACUCUUCGUCGACUUAAAGACAAAAUCGACCUUCCUAAGCGUCAUGAUCAGAUUGCUAGGCUAGAUUUCAGUGAUGAAGAACGUAUGGUUUAUGAUAUCUUUGAGAAAAAUGCAACAGAUAGGCUUAAAGUUAUUACUUCUCAGGGAGAAAGCGCAUUGGGAGGUAAAACCUUUCAUCAUAUUUUGCAAUCAAUAUUGCGUCUUCGUCAAGUCUGCGCUCAUGGCAAAGAUUUGUUGAGUGCCGAGGACUUGAAAAUCAUGAACGGUCUAAGUAAGGACUCUGCUAUCGAUCUUGAUAGUGAAGAAUACGAAGAUCAUGAUGGAAUGACGCCCAAGCAGGCUUAUGAAAUGUAUAAGUUGAUGAGAGAUACGGGUACAGACAGUUGCUUGACAUGCAAUCGGAAGAUUGGUCCUCAGGAUGUUGUUGAUUCUGAUGGCGAAUCUAAGGAAGAAGUUAUUGGUUACAUGACACCAUGUUUCCACAUCAUUUGUGGCUUGUGUAUUGGUGCUUACAAAUCUCAAUUGGAAGAGUUGGCUGUUGGUGGUUCUUUAGUCGGAUGUCCUACUUGCCACCAACAAAUUUCCCCGUCUAUGUUCUUUUCUCUCAAACAAGAGGAAGUAGAUAAGGAAGAAGAAUCCCGAUUGAAGACCAAGGAAUCGGCAAAAGCGGGCAAGGAUUUAUCGAAUUAUGGUGGACCUCAUACCAAGACAAUAGCUCUUAUUCAUGAUCUUCUAGCAUCCAGAAAGGAAUCACAAGCAAGACCGAACGAGCCACCAAUCAAAAGCGUUGUAUUUUCUGGUUGGACAACUCACCUUGACCUUAUUCAACUCGCUUUGCAGGAGAAUAAUAUCCCUUACACACGUCUCGAUGGUAAAAUGACUCGUAUCGCUCGCUCGAUGGCCAUGGAAAAUUUUCGCGAAGAUCCAUCAAUCGUUGUUAUUCUAGUUUCCAUCGCUGCCGGUGGUCUCGGCCUCAAUCUCACUACAGCUAAUAAGGUCUAUGUUAUGGAACCUCAAUUCAAUCCUGCAGCGGAAGCUCAAGCCAUUGAUCGUGUACAUCGAUUGGGUCAAAAGAGAGAGGUACAGACAGUAAGAUUUAUUAUGAAUAAAAGUUUCGAGGAAAAAAUGCUGCAAAUUCAAGAUAAAAAACAAAAGCUGGCGAGCUUGAGUAUGGAUUCCCAGAAGGGAAGGUUAGAUAAGAAGGAAGCGUCGAUUAGGAGAUUGGAAGAGUUGAAAGAUUUGUUCAGGAAGUAGACGCAAUGACAAUGAUGUUAUUCUGGGGUUUGGACCUUGAAAUUUCGGUGUUAUUGGCAGGUUGGAGGGGACCCACGGAAUAUUUCAAAAUUAGAUAAAGGAGGAGUCAAUGGUACAUUGGAUCCUUAGGGAUGGAGUUUGGGAUCAUGUUACAUGCAUGCAUCAUUUUUUCUGAUUACGAUCAGACGCUAGAUUCCCACCUCUCAUGUUUUUCUUUAUAAUUUUGUUGAUAUCUUUAUGUUCUUUCUAGGUGGGCGCUUGUGUACAGGAUGAUUGGCAGGGGAAUCAAAUGCACUCUCAUGACAUGACUUCAAUUUUGGGGGGCGGGUGGUUAACUUCUUUACUACUAUACUUUUUAGAAAUACAUUUUUAGAGGAUUUUUACACAAGGUGUGAAAGGGAAGGGGUUCGGCGAAUGCUGUAUUGUAUUGUACCAUGUGCAGUACGUAUUUAUGGAGAUGGAAGGAGAAAUAUUUGGCGAGAAGGGUGAAUCAGGAAUUGAAGUUUUGAGAUGCGGUAUACAUAGAUACAUAGAUCAUUGUCACCUUUUAUGAGAUCAUUGGUUUUUGUGUAGUGUGGUGUGAUGUAAUGUGAUAGGAUACUGUAUGUAUUCUGUGAGAAGAAAAGAGAGGAAAAUGAGAACUAAUUGCA